AUGAUAACUUGUGAGACUCCAUCGAUGCAAUGUUAUUUAGGCGGAUGUAACAACUGUCCAGGGGUAGAUGAGUUGAGUAACAUUCUACUAACAUAUUUUGAGAAUCAGGAGAUCGAGAAUAUCACGUAUAAGUAUUGGAUAUCAAAACCGAGAAGUAGUUUGGAAACUUUUAUCAAGCCUACAGAAGAAUUUAUUGAAAACUUUUGUAGUGAACUAAAAGUUCUUUUACCUCACUUAUUUAUUGCUAAAGAACAAGCCAAAUUUUUGAAAACAUUGAAAGAAACACUGAAACCAAAUGAAUUUGUCAUUAUUUGUGAUUUUGCAGAGAAUUAUGCGUUCGUAGUACAAAAUGCAGCAUCUGGUUUUCACUGGAAUAAUAACCAGGCAACAGUUUUUCCGGUGGUUAUUUAUUACAAAGUAAAUGAUGAACUUGAACACAAAAGUUUAGUUAUUAUUUCAGACUGUAAUAAUCACGAUGCCGUUGCUGUUCAUGUUUUCAUCAAAUUAAUAAGUGAUUAUGUAAAAAGUCUUCCUGAACGCUGUAACAAGAUUUAUUAUUUUUCUGAUGGAGCUCCUCAACAGUUCAAAAACUUUAAAAAUUUUGUAAAUUUAUAUUGUCAUGAAGAUGAUUUUGAUAUUCCUGCUGAAUGGCAUUUUUCAUCAAACGACACGCAGCAAGAGCAAGUCUCCAACUUGCAGUUGAUAAACAAAUAACAACACCGAUAGAAUUUUUUGAAUGGGCUUCUAAUCCGAAUAACUUACCAAAUAUCAUAGUUAAGUUUUCUCCAGAAGAAGAUUAUAAUACAGCAUUAACUGAUUUAAAUGACAGAUUUUUGAAAACGAAACCAAUUGUAGGAACUCAACAACUACAUUGUAUAAUUCCGGACAAAAAUGGUUGUUUGUAUGUUAAAAAACUUUCAAACUCUAAUGAACACAGAAUUCGUAAAAUAUUAAAACGCCAGAGAGAAAAUUAAUAAAUAAUUUUUUGUAUUGUUUUUGUGAAAUCAUUGGAUAUUAACUGUAUUAAUCAUUAAACUUAGUCAUUAUAUUCGUAAAUUAAGUCUAU